UCCCGGGUCUCCCCUCCUGUUUGGAGUUUUUUUUCUCCCCUCCAGGAUCCUGAUACGUGGCUGUUUGGGAGAGCCGUGGUGACCGACAGUAACUCCUGUGCUGCAGCUAGCGGCUCCCUGCCCUCAGCUGCUGGGAGUCUGGUGGAACUCAGCGGCGGAAGCCUUCCUUCAUCAAGCCGGCCUGGAUGGCAGGGACACACUGGUGCACAGACUGCCGAAACCACAAGCAUUACUGGUUGCAAGUGCUUUUUGGACCGUGGGACAGAUGAAAGGUGGAAGCUAUAGGAAGCCCGGCUGGGCUGUCACUGCUCUGUGUAUCCCAGUUGCCCUGCUGAUGCUGACCUCCCGGGAGGCAUCAAGCAGCCAGAAGAUGACACAAACAGCUAUGGCUCAUGCAACAGCCACAGCUGCGGGAUCAGGCCCCAGCCUGACAGAUGACCUCCCAGGCCUCCGGGCAGUAGCAGGCUUCUUAACCAGCGAAGAUGGUCAUGUUUGGCUCUUGUCCCUGGUGGGCUCUGUUGCUGUAGGCCUCAGCGGGAUUUUCCCCCUUCUUGUCAUUCCCAUUGAAGCUGGAGCAGCCCUCAAAACAGAAGCUGGAGGCCAGAAACUGAAGCAGCUCUUGAGCUUUGCUAUUGGCGGUCUCCUUGGUGAUGUAUUCCUUCACCUCCUUCCAGAGGCGUGGGCGCUCUCUGGCUCUUCAGCUGGUAAACAUAACCACUACACGACCCAGGGCCUGUGGGUUAUUGUUGGCCUGUUGGCCUUCCUCCUCCUGGAGAAAAUGUUCCCAGACCAAGACAGCCAGGAGGACUCCACUUCAGAUGCACACCUGAAUUUUAACUCCGCUUCACAGUCUAAUUCAGCUUUCAGUGGAAAAGCAGUGGCAUCACUCAGAAAUGGGCACCAUGCUGAGUCAUGGAAAUCCUCCAAGCAACAGAGUCUGCAGGAAAGAUCAGAGAAAAUCAAGAUAAGUGGAUACCUAAACCUACUGGCCAACUGCAUUGACAACUUCACCCACGGACUGGCAGUAGCAGGAAGUUUCUUGGUCAGCAAAAAGGUUGGGUUUCUAACCACCUUUGCCAUCCUGCUCCAUGAAAUCCCCCAUGAGGUGGGAGACUUUGCCAUUUUGCUGAGGGCCGGGUUUGACCGGUGGAGCGCUGCCCGCAUGCAGCUGUCCACGGCGCUGGUUGGGGUGUUGGGAGCUUGCUUUGCGCUGUAUGCUCAGUCUCCAAAAGACACAGAACAUACCACUACCUGGAUAUUGCCUUUCACCGCUGGAGGCUUCCUCUACAUAGCCUUGGUGAAUGUGAUGCCUGACCUGGUGGAGGAGUCCAGUUUAAGGCAGUCCCUUCUGCAGAUCCUGCUCAUUUUCUGUGGCGUGGCCGUCAUGGCUGUGCUCUCUGCCAUUGUUGACUGAACACGGCAUAAAACCCCCCUCUUGCCUUAUCAAACACUAAAACUCUGCAUUCUUUAUCUGCCCAUCAUAUCUGGUACCUUUCACACCUGGGGACUUUCCAUCAUGUUACACCAAAACAAAUAUCUGACAAAAGAUCGGCACUUUACGGAUGGAUGACUGAAAGGAAGACCUCUUGAUCUGCUGACAGGACAUUUGUGUGGACACUUAAAAAUGUGCCAGACUCAAACACCAAGGGAAUGAAGAGGGUUUGUAUGGAUACGUGUUACCAAAUUGUCUUAUAUUAUUGAUCAGACAAUCAUGUUGUUUUGCACAUACAUUUACAGAGGUACACCCUGAUGUACCAGCUCAACAGAACAGGUAUUAUUGGACCUCCUUCUUUAAAAUGUCUUCAACCCUGAAUUGUUUAAACAUUGUAUGUAUUGUUACUGUUUCUGAUGUAGCUGCUGCAUAUUUAUUGAACAUUAGACAAGCAACAUACAGUUAUAUCAGACAUGCACCACCACCACUCCAUCAGUUUGUGUUGUUAAGAAAUAAGUGCCAAAAAGUCAGGGUGGUCUGUUACACUAGUCAGGUUUACACCAAAGUACAGUUUUUUUCUGUUUUGUAUCUUCUCACACAGUACAGUCUGUAGCUUUGAGCUCUGCUUGAAUACACAGUCGUGAUUAAGUGGAAAUGAAUUAUAAAAAAAUUGGUACUGUUUGUUAAUACAAUGGAAACUGCUUUAAGUGAUUACACAUGUCUGGGUCAAAUUGAUCACCAUGAACGGAUGAUUAUUAUAAUAAUUUUUUUCCCUAUUUCUUUACUUCCAAUUCAGGUGAUUGACAUUUAUGUAUUUAUUAUGUUAAUAUAAAGUAAUGAAACAGACACCUUUCACCCUUUUGCCUGAAUUAUAUGGAGGGCUCAAAAAUACAGCUGUUUCAUUACGGGGGCAUUGUGUGACUGGGCAUUAUUGAGCCACUUGAUUAGGGUGGAUUCAACCGCAGGUGUUUCACUGGUGUGCAUUUGUUUCUGUCUCCAUCACAAGCAGCCUUGACUGUUCAUUGGUUGAGUAGACUACACAGGGUCGCCUGAGGAAUACCAAGUGUUGCUGCUGCAUGUCGUUAUCUUGUUUUUGGCAGUUUGUCAUGACCUUUGAAGAGACUUUGUUUUUCUCAACGCAAUCCCCAGACAAAAUGUUGGCAUUGUACAAUUCAGCAAACCACUGUUAUGUUACAUUCCCAUGUUAUUAUGUAGGGGAUACGUUGAAACUUUUCCAUUCAACAACACUAUGGUUAGCAUGUGGUUAGGUUUAGGCACAAACACCACUUGGUUAUGGUUAGGAAAAGAUCAUAUUUUGGCUUGAAAUACCCAGCUGGGGGAACAGUGUCCGCUGGAAAAGCAGCAAUGUCUCUGCAAGAAACUACCGCUUUUUGUGCCACAGUGAAUUCUAGGUGAAUAACAACCACUUGCACAGCGACAACUGCUUUCUGAACCACUUUUCUUUGUCAGAAAACGCAGCAGUGUCUUGACAAAGAACAACUGUUUUUCAUGGUGCUAUCACCGCUGGAAAAACAGCAGCAGGCUGCAACUAAACACCCAAGUUUGCUGCCGAAAAAGCUGCAGCAAUGACUCGCCAAAUCACACUCGAUUUUGUUGUUUUGGGUCUCAAUUGGGACCAACGCUUGGCACUUGUCUCGCCGCCAGGUUGUGAGGCAUUUCGCCUCGGUGACACACCAUCCACCAUCCACUAUCCACCAUCCCUUCCUUGACAGCUCAUAUAGCUGCGUCACUUUAGAAUUGUUUAUAUGACACAUAUGAACGUGCAUAUGUAAGCUAUUCAGGGUUUGCAGAAACGCACAAUGCGAGCAUAUUCUUCCAGUGACUGGGCUGAUUGCUCAUUGAGAGAUGUCAUGAUUUCAAUGAGCACACUUACCACAUUUUUGAUUCUUUUCCAUAUGUUGUCAUGUAUGAAAAGACUCCAAGUGAACACUGUAAGCACAGUAGAUGAUUACUAUAAGCAAAUUAUUUAAACAGCAUUUGUACAGGAAUUAUUCUGCCCCAAGCUUCUUGAUCCAUAUAAGCAUUUGAUCACUGUAACUGUGAUCACUAUAAGCAGUUUCCACUGUAUUCAGCUUUGAUUUAUACUUGUUGCCAAGAAUUUUGUGAGACUAGGGACUGAUAACUGUCAGAGAGCAGGAUUAUUCAGAACAUUAUGUUUUUAUAAACCUUUUGUGAAAGUUUCCACCCUGAAGAAAUAAAGUGUACAUUUCAGACAUCUAUGUAAUAAAAAAA